AUGGCCUGGUUUGAACGUCCCUCUUAUGAGAAAUGGAGCUGUGCAGACCAUUGCCCAGAGAAGCAAGAAAGAGCAGGAGAAGGUGGAGGCUGAUAUGGUCCAGCAGAGACAGGAGUGGGACCGGAAGAGGAAGAUGAAGAAACAUAUGACGAUUUUGAUGCCAGGUAUCUUGAGGUCAGAAAUGUUUUCAAUAUGACAGCAGAAGAGGGAAGGAAAAAAUCAGUCCGAGUCCUGGUCGCUGUGGGGAACGGCAGAGGAGCUGCAGGUUUUGCCAUUGGGAAAACCACUGAUGGAGACGCUUUCAGAAAAGCAAAGAACAAAGCAGUUCACUAUCUGCGUUAUAUAGAACGAUAUGAAGACCAUUCGGUGUUCCAAGAUCUUCCUUUAACGUUUAAAAGGACAUAUAUCAAGAUGAAGAAACAACCCAGAGGCUACGGCCUCCGCUGCCACCGGGCCAUCAUCACCAUCUGCCGGUUCAUUGGCAUCAAAGACAUGUAUGCCAAGGUCUCGGGGUCCAUGAACAUGCUCAACCUCACCCGGGGCCUCUUCCAUGGGCUCUCCCGCCAGGAAACCCAUCAACAGCUGGCUGAUAAGAAGAGUCUCCAUGUUGUGGAAUUCCCGGAGGAGUGUGGCUCUCUGCCCAUCGUGGUCGCCUCCCCCCUGGGCCCCUUGAGAAAGGAUCCGGAGCCAGAAGAUGAGGUUGCAGACGUCAGCCUGGACUGGGAAGAAGUGAAGGCCGCACAGGGUAUGAAGUGCUCUGCGUGGUCGGGUGUAAAGAGAGCCGCCACCUGAGCGUCCCUCUGGCCUCGGGCAGCACAGGGUCUGGUGCUGUCCAGCACCUGGAGGACGCUCAGCGCCA